ACUUAAGCUGAGGAAUUGUCAAGAACAGGCAAAAUGUCUCCUGAAUCGAAAAAACUUUUCAACAUAAUUAUUUUGGGAGUGUCAUUUAUGUUUAUAUUCACUGCUUUCCAGACGUGUGGAAAUAUUGCGCAAACCGUUAUCACAAAUUUAAACAACACGGAUUUUCAUGGCAGCGGCUACACAAGCAUGUCCAUUAUUUAUGGAGUAUUCUCUGCAUCAAAUCUUAUAUCACCUUCAGUGGUUGCAAUAGUAGGACCUCAACUCUCUAUGGUUGUUAGUGGCGUAUUUUAUAGCAUAUACAUUGCAGUUUUUAUCCAACCUGCUACAUGGGCUUUCUACACUGCAUCUGUUUUUAUUGGCAUUGCAGCUGCUGUACUCUGGACGGCACAGGGAAAUUGCUUGACUGUAAAUUCUGAUGAAAACACCAUUGGAAGGAACAGCGGGGUAUUUUGGGCCCUCUUACAGUCCAGCUUGUUUUUUGGAAACCUGUAUAUAUACUUCACUUGGCAAGGAAAAACCCGCAUAUCAGAGGGUGAUCGCAGAACUGUCUUCAUUGCUCUGACUGUUAUCAGUCUUGUGGGCACGGUUCUGUUCUUUCUGAUCAGGAAGCAAGAGGACACAAAAGCUCCAGGGGAGGAAGAUUCUGCUAAUGAAAUCCUGGGGGACAGCUCGUCUGCACAAAACAAAGUGACGAGAGCGGUGGCUGCCUUCAAGAAAUGUAUAAAGCUGAGCUUCACCAAAGAGAUGAUGCUUCUCAGUGUUACGACAGCCUACACAGGUUUGGAAUUAACGUUCUUUUCUGGAGUAUAUGGAACAUGUAUAGGUGCUGUGAAUAGGUUUGGCAGUGAAGAGAAAAGCCUUAUUGGUCUCUCUGGUAUUUUUAUUGGUGUUGGAGAAAUUUUAGGUGGAGGAAUCUUUGGUUUACUGAGCAAGAAAAAUCGCUUUGGCAGGAACCCUGUUGUGCUGCUAGGCAUCGUUGUGCAUUUCAUAGCCUUUUAUUUAAUUUUUUUCAACAUGCCAAAUGAUGCCCCUAUUGCUCCUAUGGAAGGAACAGAUGAUGUUGCUUAUAUGGUCCCAAGCAAAGAGGUGGCCAUAUUCUGCAGCUUUCUGUUGGGCCUGGGAGACAGCUGCUUUAACACCCAGCUCCUCAGUGUCUUAGGAUUCCUGUACUCAGAAGACAGUGCUCCUGCCUUUGCCAUCUUCAAGUUUGUUCAGUCCAUCUGUGCUGCAGUUGCAUAUUUCUACAGCAACUACUUCCUCCUGCAGUGGCAACUCCUGAUCAUGGUGGUUGUGGGCUUCUUUGGAACAAUUACCUUCUUCACAGUGGAGUGGGGAGCAGCAGCAGCUCUUGUUGCCCGUGGCUCGGACUACAGCAGCAUUUGA